AUGGGAGCUGUUGAAAGCUCGCGCCCUUCAACCCAUCAUCCUCUACAGCUGGCCCCAUGCUCUCCGCCUCCCCCUUGCGUCUGGGCCUUUGGAGGGGCGAGGCCAAUUCGGGGAGCCUGGGGCGCGGCUGUUACCCCUCCCGCCCUCCAGGCCUUUCAUCCUACGAUCUUUUUGAUGGGCGAUCGUCUCCCCACAACUUUAUUUGAAUGCCCGGCCAAAUCGCGUCCAGAACACUUGAGAGAUUUUUGGGGGUCCAGUCAACAUAAUGUUGUUCAUGUAGAAGACAGUGUGGUAUUUUAUGUUACGGCAAGAGAAGUACCUGUAGCUCCCGCAGCCCACAUAGCUUCCCUGGUGCCAGCUGCUGAGCUUGAAGGGCUCGUCCAGCGCAUGGCGGCUUCAGUGCAGGGCUCCUGGAUGCUCAGUGCAGGGCUCCUGGAUGCUCACUCUUUUUCACUGCCUGCCCACUGCCGUCUUGGAUCACAUGCUGCUCCUGGGAAGGGCCUAUCCCAGUCGGCUCUGCCCUACCGCCGCAGUGUCCCCACCUGGCUGAAGUUGACAUCUAAUGAUGUGAAGGAGCAGAUCUACAAUCUGGCUAAGAAGGGGCUGACUCUACAAAGCCGUGUGACCCUGAGACACUCACACAGUGUUGCACAAGUACGUUCUGUGACAGGCAAUAAAAUCUUGAGAAUUCUUAAGUCCAAAGGACUUGCUCCUGAUCUUCCUGAGAAUCUUUCUCAUUUAAUUAAGAAAGUUGUUGCUGUUCGAAAGCAUCUUGAGAGGAACAGCAAGGAUAAGGAUGCUAAAUUUCGUCUGAUUCUGAUCGAGAGCCGUAUUCACUGGUUGGCUCGGUAUUAUAAGACCAAACGAGUCUUCCCCACCAAUUGGAAAUAUAAGUCAUCCAUGGCCUCUACCCUGGUUGCAUAA